AUGGAGGACGGCUACCAAAACCGGACUGCCUUCAUAAAAGGUGCCAAAGACAUUGCCAAGGAAGUCAAGCGGCAAGCCACCAAGAAGGUGGGCCGCUCAGUGGACCGGGUGAGCGACGAGUACAGCAAGCGCUCCUACAGCCGCUUCGAAGAGGACGAUGAUGACGACUACCCCAUGCAGGGGAGCCAGGACGGAGGCUACUACCGCGGAGACAGCCAGGCGGCCAACGAUGAUGAGGGCGGCCACAGCGACUCCACCGAGGGGCACGACGAGGACGACGAGAUCUACGAGGGCGAGUACCAAGGGAUUCCCAGGGCGGAUUCGGGCAAAGGCAGCCUGGCUGGAGGUCCGGGAUCGGUGAGGGCCGGAGCUCAGCAGUUCAGAGAUGUCGGCGUGUCCGAGGCUGAGAGGAGGAAGGACCAGGAGGAGCUGGCUCAGCAGUACGAGACCAUUUUGCAGGAAUGUGGUCACGGGAAGUUCCAGUGGACCCUGUACUUUGUGCUGGGGCUGGCGCUCAUGGCUGACGGAGUGGAGAUCUUCGUGGUCGGGUUUGUGCUCCCCAGCGCUGAGAAGGACAUGUGUCUGUCUGAACCCAACAAAAGCAUGCUCGGUCUGAUUGUGUACUUUGGGAUGAUGGUCGGGGCUUUCCUCUGGGGGGCUCUGGCUGACCGGAUAGGACGUCGGCAGUCUCUUCUCAUCUCUCUCUCCAUCAACAGUAUCUUCUCCUUCUUUUCGUCCUUCGUCCAGGGUUACAGCACCUUCCUGUUCUGCCGUCUCCUCUCAGGUGUUGGAAUCGGUGGCUCAAUUCCCAUCGUCUUCUCCUACUACUCUGAGUUUCUGGCCCAAGAGAAGCGCGGUGAACACCUCAGCUGGCUCUGCAUGUUCUGGAUGAUCGGCGGAAUAUACGCAUCCGCUAUGGCCUGGGCUAUAAUCCCACAUUACGGAUGGAGUUUCCAGAUGGGCUCGGCGUAUCAGUUCCAUAGCUGGCGUGUGUUUGUGUUGGUGUGCGCAUUUCCUUCUGUUGCAGCCAUCGCUGCCCUCAGCGGCAUGCCAGAGAGCCCACGCUUCUACUUGGAGAAUGGCAAACAUGACGAAGGCUGGAUGAUCCUGAAGCAGGUUCACGACACAAACAUGCGAGCCAAAGGAUACCCAGAGAGGGUGUUCACGGUCACCACAAUCAAGACGGUGAAGCAGAUGGAUGAGCUGGUGGACACCGGCACCGACACGCCGGUCUGGCAGCGCUACAGACUGAAGAUUAUGAGCCUCUCCCAACAGAUACGGAACAACAUUCUCGCCUGCUUCAGCCCAGAAUACAAACGGACGACCUUCAUGCUCAUGGCUGUUUGGUUUACGAUGUCCUUCAGCUACUACGGCCUGACGGUGUGGUUCCCGGACAUGAUCAAGUACAUCCAGAAGCAGGAGUACGAGUCCCGCACAAGGACCUUCACUGGGGAACGAGUGGAGCACGUCACCUUUAACUUCACCCUGGAGAACCAAGUGCAUCGCCAAGGACACUACUUCAACGACAAGUUCCUCAACCUGAAGAUGAAGUCCAUGGUGUUUGAGGACUCCCGGUUCGAGGAGUGCUACUUCGAGGACAUCACCUCCACACACACCACCUUCAGGAACUGCACCUUCAUCGCCAGUUUGUUUUACAACACAGAUUUGUUCAAAUACAGGUUUGUCAACUGCAAACUGGUCAACAGCACCUUCAUCCACAACAAGGAGGGCUGCAUGCUGGACUUCAGCGACGACUUCAACAAUGCCUACAUGAUUUACUUUGUCAACUUUCUUGGCACGCUGGCAGUGUUGCCUGGCAACAUCGUGUCGGCUCUAUUAAUGGACAAGAUCGGGCGUUUGAGGAUGCUGGCCGGGUCCAGCGUCAUAUCAUGUGUCAGCUGCUUCUUCCUGAUGUUCGGCAACAGCGAGUCGGGGAUGAUCGCCCUCUUGUGUCUGUUCGGAGGCAUCAGCAUCGCCUCGUGGAACGCCCUGGAUGUGAUAACAGUGGAGCUCUACCCGUCAGAUAAAAGGACCACAGCGUUCGGCUUCUUGAACGCUCUCUGUAAGCUGGCGGCCGUGUUGGGCAUCAGCAUCUUCCAGUCGUUUGUGGGCAUCACCAAGGCCGUGCCCAUCCUGUUCGCCGCCGGCGCCCUCGCCGCCGGCAGCUUCCUCGCGACAAAGCUGCCUGAAACGAGAGGCCAAGUGUUGCAGUAG